AUGCUAUUUGUCUCGGUGAGAGAUAAGAUAACACUUCCACGUGACCGAUCGCGAACUUCAACCCAAGCUUCGAAAGCUCGACUUUUGCGAUUGCACGACCAGUAUCUCCCCGUUCAAUACGUCACCACAGUCGCCAAAAUGUCGAUGUUCCGUGCAAAGAAGCUGGAUCUGGGAUGUUUCGUCAACAUCCGGACGAUUCGUGACCACACGAAGCGCCAGGUCUUUAUGCAGAACGAGCCCGAGAGACAAGCUCUGCGAUACAUUAUUCAGAACACGACUCUCCCGGGCCGUGUGCGCGCCGAGGCGCAGCUUCAGCUGGGUCAGAUGCACUGCUACACCCGGCCGACGCAGAUCAAGAACCGAUGCAUUUUGGGUGGCAAGGCCAGGGGUGUCUUCCGCGACUUUAAGAUGACGAGGUUCAACUUCCGUAUGCAAGCGUACGAGGGUAACAUUCCCGGUGUGAAGAAGGCUAGUUGUUCACGUGUGGAUCAGAUCUGUUUGAUAGCGGACGAUUUUCUUUCAUUGCCUUCUCAUUCAAUAAGAGGCCCUGGAUCUGGUUUCGAUCGUUGGCUUUGGAGUUACUUCCUGCUCACUGCUGUGUUUCGUUUUCAUCUUAUCAUCUUUCCGGUCCCUCUCCUGCUCUCCCAGCGAGCUUCUCUCAGCCUCACCGCCACCAUGUUCCGCCGCCGCUGGUCUGGUCUCCCCAAAGACCCUAUCUUCUCAUCUAACUUGAAGGAUCUUGGCUAUUUCAUCAACGACCAAGAUGAGAUCCGCAACAUCAAGGAACCCGAUUACUACUUCAAGUACUAUCUCACCAAGAACGGCCGCGUCAAUGAUCGCCAGCGCUUCCAUUUCAAUGAAGCGAUCCGCGACAUUGUCCAUGGCCGUCUCGAAAAGGAAGGUUUGAAGAAGGUCCUUCUACCUCUCGGCGUCGAGCCAACCUCGCCCAACGUCUCGAUCUUCACGAGUGCCAACUUGGCAUCUGCCUCGCGCGUAAUCGUGAUCUUUGGCGAGCCCAGCCAGGAUCUCGGCAACUUGGCCCUCCGUGUCGUCAACGGCCCCGGCGGCAUCAACAAGGGCAGCAUGGUCUCAGUCGUUCAGGAGAUCAACCGCCAGAGAGCCUCGCCGUAUGACGAUGGUCCCCCCGGAAUCAUUAUCGCCAACACGGGUGAGCUUUGGUGGUGGCCCGAAGGCAAAAAGGCUCUAAGCCCGACUUCCGCCUUGGCCGUUCCCAGGAAGAGCAUGGUUCACCACGGCCGCGCCAACAACCCAAGAUACCAUUCAAUCCCGAAUAACGAGACCCCCGAAGCCCACAUUGCGUACGUUCUCAACGAGGUCAUCCCAUCGCUUCUAUCGCCAAACGCUCGCCUCGACAUCAUCGGCAUAGGCCUCGGUGCCGACCACGCGACUAGAGUGUUGGACACACCCGAGACCUGGUCCGCUCUCGACCAUCGCAUCAACACCUUGUCCUUGCUGGGUAGCACAACCAGCGUCGAUGAACUCUCUCACCAACCCUUCAAAGAGUUCCUCCCUCGCCGCGCUCGAGCGUACAUCACAGAUGAAGCGCCUGCACUUACACCCUUGGCACAACCCGGCGGCAAUCCAAACACGGCCUCCUUCACACAGCACGGCUGCACGGUCUACAGCUCCGGCGAAGUCUACCUCGUCGAGUGCAUGCUCGUCACUAGCCACGUCCUCAUGCUCGACUGGGUACAAGAGGUCGCUCUCGCCGGCCCCGACUACCGCCACCCGGAGGUGGUCGCCGUGGACCCCCAUGUGCCGACAGAGGAGGAGUGGGCGGCGGGAGGAUUCGACGAGCAGUGGGAGAAUAUGCCCGAAUUUGCGAAGCCGAGUAUCGGAUAUGCCAUGGCGCCUGAGGACCAUGAGCAUUGCCAGGUCCUGGAGGGUAUUCAGAAGCAGAGCAAUGCUUGGGAGGAAUCUUGA